CAUACACCCCCUUCCCACUUCAAGGGUUUUUGCUUCCUAUCUCCCGUUCCUCUUAUUUUCUCUAACACUACUCUUUAACAUUAUUCUUGGAAGAUUCUAAUUUUCCCAAGAAAAUAUGGGGAAGCUAACAAGUUUCUACAACUUCCUUGGGAGCUCAAAACCCUACUUUGCCAUGAUUUCCUUACAAUUUGGUUAUGCUGGCAUGAACAUCAUCACUAAGGUCUCGCUUAAUCGUGGAAUGAGCCACUAUGUUCUAGUGGUUUAUCGCCAUGCCUUCGCCACCGCCGUCAUCGCUCCUUUUGCUUUCAUUUUUGAGAGGAAAGAACAACCAAGGAUCACUUUCCGAGUUUUUAUGCAAAUUUUUGUCCUGGCUCUUCUUGGGCCUGUGAUUGACCAAAACUUCUACUAUGCUGGAUUGAAAUUCACUUCUCCAACUUUCUCAUGUGCCAUGAGCAACAUGCUUCCCGCAAUGACAUUUGUCAUGGCAGUCAUAUUCCGGAUGGAGAAAGUUGAUAUAAAGAAAGUGAGGUGUCAAGCAAAAGUGGUAGGAACCCUAGUGACAGUGGCGGGGGCAAUGUUGAUGACCUUGUACAAAGGUCCAAUUGUGGAGUUGAUUUGGACUAAACAUAUUCAUCCCCACAAAUCUUAUGGUACAAGCAACAACAAUGGAAGUUCUGAUAAGGAAUGGUUCCUUGGCUCCAUCCUCCUCAUCAUUGCCACUUUCGCUUGGGCUUCCUUAUUUGUCUUGCAGACCAAAGCAUUGGAGACGUACAAUAAUCACCAGCUCUCACUAACAUCACUAGUUUGCUUUUUUGGGACAUUACAAGCAAUUGCUGUGACAUUUGUAAUGGAACACAAAUCCUCUGUCUGGAGAAUUGGGUGGGACAUGAACCUUCUUGCUGCUGCCUAUGCUGGGAUUGUGACAUCAAGUAUAUCAUACUAUGUACAAGGACUAGUGAUCAAGAAAAAAGGUCCAGUCUUUGCAACUGCAUUUAGUCCUCUUAUGAUGAUAGUUGUUGCAAUCAUGGGCUCAUUCAUCCUGGCUGAAAAGAUUUUCCUGGGAGGUAUAAUUGGUUCAGUGUUGAUAGUAAUUGGUCUCUACUCGGUCCUGUGGGGGAAGCACAAGGAGAGCCAAAGCAAUAAAAGAGAGAAGGAAAUUAUGGAUCCUGUAAAGGGUGUACAAUCAAACGGUGCCGUCUUGAUGAUUGAAGAUAUUGAAGCUAAUGAUGUUGAUCUGCAAAAGGCAGAAGCUAACAAUAAUAAGGUUGUGCCUUCAAUGGUGAUUACAAUACCAAAUAAUGUUCCUGAAGUACCCUCAAUGAAGGCAAAGCAACAGGACACAUAAAAGAGAUGAUUUGGGUGGGUGGGGAUGGGCUUUUUUGUCCUUUUGUCCCCCCAUUUUUCUUUUAAUUAACUAUAUAUAUAAUUAUGGGGCUUUGCGUGUAAUUGUUGUUCUGCUCUAUAAAAUGAAUGAUCUAAUUAAAUAUUUCUACAAGGAAGAAAUGUGAUGGGAAAAUGUAGAGAAUCCGGCCCAC